AUGCUGACGGUGGUGGUGGAAGUGGAGCAGGGGAGGGGACCAGGCCCUGAGGGAACCUGUAACCCCACCUUCCUUCUGGAGGGGCCCAAGAACCUUCGUUUGCUUCAGCCGGGGACUCUGGAGCGUGAGGUAGAAGGGCUGGUGUGCAGAGUCCUGGGUCCUGGUGCUGCUCAGGAGGCAGAGAGGGAGCUGCUGGCAUGUGUCCAGUCCACGCUGGGCUCUGUGGGCCAAGGGUACAGUGUGGCCUUGCUGCUCAGGGGUCGGGAGACAGAGGCACCCCGACUUGUGCCACAGCUGCUGCAGAUGCUAUUCGAGGAAGCUCUGCGCCUGGGCUGCUCUGGUCACGUGUUCAGUACCCUAAGCCUGGUGCAGGUGAGACUCUUGGGGGACCCCCGGGACCUGCUCUCUCCAGAGGUGAAGAACCUGUCGGCGCUGGAGGUGGCCCCACUGGGCUUGGUGGUAGAAGGAGCCAGUGAAGUGGAGGUAUCCAAUGCAAGAAGCGCCUCGGCAUGGUACUUGCAGGCCGCAGGGGCUGAAGACAGAGACUGCCCCCUGCUGCAGGUGCUGGCUGGUGAAGCUGUUGGCAAGGAAGUGGAGGGCUCUCUGCCCUGGAUUGUGUCAUGGCUCCUGGAAGGAAACAACUACAGUGGACUACUUCUUCGUCUGGAUCCCCAAGGUAGCUCCCUGAGUUUGCUCCAGGCUGCUCUGUCGGGGGCCUCAGGAAGAAGGAUGCAGGUGAAACAAGUGAGGCCCACCCUGUGGAAUGCAGUAGAAGAAGUCCAGACCCGCCGGGCUGCCCUGAGGACCCUACGUUUAGGCCUCCUUGGGGACACCCUAACAGACUGUGGGCUUAAACAGCUGAGCAGGGCAUUGCAGGAGCUACAGGUGAUAAAAGCCUGGAGUCAGUGCCCAAGAUAUCAAACGUCCAAAGGAGCCAGAGCUGAGACCAUGGGGCUCCCAAAAUCACAGGUCAAAGGCAAGUCACAGAAGUAUUUAAGGCAAGGAAGACAACAUUGCUCCCAGUCAGGAAGAGCAAUGUCUCUAGGACUCCACCAAAGGUACCCUCUCGGGGCCUCUGAGGAACAGACUGAUGGCACCUGGGCCUGGCAGGUCCCAGAUGUGGCCCUGCAGUUCUCCCUGGCCCAGGCCCGGAGGCAGAGACUGCGAGAGCAGCACCAAAUUAGGAUCAGAGAGGAGCUGAAGCAUUUGGAACAAGAGGAGGAGGUGGUGGCGGGUCACCAAGUCAAAGGCCUGCUGGCUGAAGAGGCCUACGAAGAGAAGCAGAGAUGGCACCGGGAGCAGACGGUGCUGAGACUCCAGCUGGAGGCACUUCAGGCAGAGCGGGAUGCUGCUGAGCAGGACCUAGUAGCCCUCUAUGAUCUGCACGUGCAGGCCACCCGAGCUCAGACAUGCCACAUGCUGCAGGUAUUCCGAGCCUGGCAGGGACUGUGGGAGGAGAAGGCCAUGACCACAGAACAUCAUCACCGCAGCCUGCUGGCUGGCAUCCUGCAAGAAACCAUCAACUUGGCCACACAGAACCAGGAGCUCCAAGCCCAGAACCAGCAGCUUCAACACGGUGCAGACUAAGCCUAGGCACUCAUACUGGAGCCCUGCUCUGGAGAGAAAUCUGGUAUUGGGACCCUUCAGGGGCAGUGUCCUCUCUCCUCAUUCUUUUUUAUUUAGAGGUUUUUGCUAUAGGGCACGUGCGCU